GCUAAAUCUACGAUCCACUACAAGCAUCGCACUGUCGCAGCCUUCGCUACCAUGAAGAAAAAGAUUAUUAUGAUCUUUGUCUCCUUGACGACCUACGUUUCGACUUCCUCUGCCGAGCAACCAACCACUUGGACCAGCCCUUACUUUAACUACCAUUACAACAACCCACUGACCCUGCCUACCCAGAAGGCUUCCGCCAACGAAAUGGUGGGCAAUCAAAAAGUAUUCACUAAUUACGACGACCACAGUAUCCAAAACACUUUAAGCUCUCAUGUCGUAUUAUUAACAACAUGUCUAAGGGAUUUGAAAACCACGAAAGCCGAUUUGGUACACACACAUUCCGAAGUCGAAACUGUGAAAAAGGAGUUGAAAGAGUUGAAAGAGAAUUCCCAAUUUACCUCGACGUCAACUCAACUUUUGGCCAAUGUUGUGGCCACGAUCGAAAAUAUGAAAAAAGAGAUGACUGGUAUCGUCCACAAAAACGAUUUGGCACAGACUACGCAACGCUUGGACGAAACUGAUACCGUCGUUGAAAUCGUAAAGAAGGAAUUGAAAGCUACGCAAGCCGAUGUGACACAAAAACAUACUGUCGUCGAAAACCUAAAAAUUGAGUUGACCCAUCUUAUGACAACAUACGAUAAUUUGAAAAAAGAGAUGAAUGCGAGCGCUGCUACUAACAUCGGACGAAUGCCCAAGUCUCGUGACGAUCUCCAGAAAAUUGGCCACCGGAAAAGCGGAUUUUUCAUGGUCGUCGGUGACAAAACAGUCGACAACGUCUACUGCGAUUUUACGAAACCAGUCAAUGAUGCAGGUUUUCAAAAGCUGAUGGGCUACUUCGACGUCAAAACAUCGCCCGUUUAUUUUCACGCCCAACGAAACUCAUCCUAUCACAAGAAUCUCAACGCUCCUAUUCCAUUCGAUUUGUUUAGAUUAAACUUGAGGAAUGCCAUUAACACUUCCGGAAUAUUCGUCGCUCCUUAACCCGGCAAAUACCUUUUCGCUUACUCGGGAUUGAGUGAGGACAAAUCAGUUGCAAGAGUAAAGUUACAAGUGAAAACUGAUACAGCGGAUUGGUCAAGAGUAGGACAGGCGUGGGGUGAAUUUGGAAUUCAAACAUUUUCUCUACGAUCAAUUUUGGAACUUGCUAAGGGCAACCAAAUUAGACUUAUGUUAUUAGAAGGGGCAAUACGUGACCACGCAUCACAUUAUACCAAUUUUAUCGGCCAGUUACUAGAGGAAGACAUAAUUUAGUAAAUUUGAAACAAACCAAGCAAAACGGAUUUUUAUUUCGUAAGCAUUUGCAUUCUUCUAAUAAUUCCUUUUAAAACAACCCAAGCUUUUUAAAAAAUUACCUUAGCUAUUAUUGUCAAAAUGUUAAGAUGUCGAGUAUGUUAAGAUAUCGAGUAUGGUCUGGGAAUAAUUACAAA